AUGCAACAAGAGGCCAAUAAAAAGUGCUGCGAUAUUGAAUUCCGGGUCGGCGAGUUGGUGCUGGUCAAACUCCAACCUUACAGGCAAACUACUGUGGCCCACCGUCUCAAUUCCAAGUUAUGCCGUCGUUACUUUGGCCCCUUUGAAGUCCUAGCUCGUGCGGGUCCAGUCGCUUACACACUGAAGCUUCCUCAAGGGAGUCGUAUUCAUCCCACUUUCCAUGUUUCUUUACUAAAACCAUACCAUCGCAGCCAGCCAAUAACUUGUUGCCCGCUGCCAGAAUUAAGCAUUGCCAACAAACCUGUUAUGGUUCCAUUGGCCAUUAUCGCUACUCGGAUUCACAUGAGGACUAACAAGCCUACUCGGCAAGUACUGGUUCAGUGGUCUAUAAGCUCGUCUGAAGAUGCCACUUGGGAAGAUUUUGACACGUUCGUUCAGAUGUACAAGCUACCCAACCUUGCGGACAAGGUUUGUUUCGGGGAGGGGAGUAGUGUUAGUGAAGCCCAAGAGGUUGGCCCAAUUACAUUAGAGCCCAAAGGACUGCAAGAACAUAUGAGAAGCUGGGAAAAGGGUUCGGCCCAGGAUGCUGAAGAAGCUGUGUUCGCUGAAGAGGCACACAACACAGAGGCAGGAGACCCGAGCAGAAGCAAAGGAUGGGAGAACCGAGCGUGUGCCAACAGGGAGCGUGCGAAGCCUCGCUGGAUGAGGGAGUACGUGAUGAGGCUGGGAAGUUGA